AUGGCAACUCAGCAAACCGCCAAGACACAAUAUGUCGAGUCACCCAACGGCGUGACAUUUGCAUACCGUCAAAUCGGCAAUGCACCUGGCAUCCCCCUCGUCCUGCUGACACACUUCCGUGGCACCAUGGACAAAUGGGAUCCUCUCAUUGUCAACACCCUCGCAAAGCACCGCCGCAUUAUCACAGUCGAUUAUGCCGGCGUUGGUCUCAGCACCGGCGAAGUCGCCACUUCUAUCCGACAGUCCGCGGCCGAUAUGACUCACUUUAUCGAACUGAUCUGCGAAACAGAGAUUGAUCUUCUUGGCUUCAGCAUUGGAGGCUACGUCGCUCAGAUGAUAGCUCUCAACGCGGAUCCCAGCAAAGUCAAAGUCCGCAAGUUGAUCCUUGCAGGUACUGGGACAAGCUACGGACCUGAUCUUGCUUAUUCUCAAAACAAAGAUGUUGGUUCUGUUGCGGGUGUCAAGGAUGUUGACAUCAAUGUCUUCAAGACACUUUUCUUCCCUAAGAAUGUUGAGGGAGAUGCUGCUGCUGAGGCUUGGUGGUCGAGGAUUCAUGAGCGGAGUGCAGCGACGAGUGGUGAAGAGGCUUCCCUUUGGCUAAGCAGUGGCUAUAAAGAUGGUGGUAAGGGACUUAUGGGCCAGGUCACACAAGGUCACGACUUUACAGAGAGUCCAGAGAAGAGCAAGGGAGAAGAUGGCGCUUAUGAGCGGUUGUCCGGUCUCGAGAUACCGGUCUUGGUCACAAAUGGAAGCAACGACUAUAUGAUCCCCACGCCCAACAGCUAUCUUAUCUACCAAAAGGUUCCUAAUGGCCAGCUCAUUCUUUAUCCCAACAGUGGCCACGGCUUUCUCUUCCAGUACGCUCCGACCUUCGUCAAACAUGUCGAGACAUUCCUUGAGGGCUAG